AUGAUGAUGAUGGCAAUUGAAGUGAUGCUGCUGAUGCUCCUUCUCACAGGCACCACAAAGGCUCAACAACAACAGCAGCAGCAGGAGGAGGAGGAGCAGAGAUCAGCUCCGGGCUAUUACUAUCAAACCUAUAUGCCAUGGCUAUAUGCCAUGCCCUGGCGACCAUUGAUAGUGCCAACACCAGCAGCAGCGGCCCCAACACCAAAUCUAUCCCAAUUGAGUCCAGGCUAUACGGGACCACAGACCUUUCCCUCAAACAGCCAACAACAGGCAGCAGAUCAGCCAUUGCCAGUGCCACUUCCAGUGCCAGUUCAUCAGCAGUUGGGUCUAUUCAUGCCACAGCCUACUCAUGCCACUCUUGGAAGUCCAACACCGCUCCAGAAUCACUUUACUUUACCCUUUCGACCAUCUCCAUUUGUCGGCUAUACCGAUGAUGAUGAUGAUGAUGAUGCCAACGACAAUGAUGAUCAAAAUGUUGUACAUAAUGAGAUUGGGCGAGAGCCACCGUUUCAUGCACCUGGCCAGAAACCUGUACAAGAAGCACAGCCUACAGAAACUCCACAAAGAAAUCAUCUUCAGACACAUUUUGUCUAUAUGUCACCUAGUUAUCUAUAUAACUUAGUGAGAAAUUAA